CAGAAUUUGUCUAUUAUGAACUUUAGCGUUGAUGAUCCACUGGCUGAUCUGCUCAGCGAUAAUAGUUUGGACAAUGACAACUUUUUUGACAAUACCACUGGAAGAAAAUUAAGCAAGCAAGCUGCAAAGUCAAAAGGUAAAUUAGAAGAUCUUUUUGGCAUACAGGAGGAGACAGAAGUGGAUAUACAGCCGCCACCAAAAGACAAGCCCAUAGCGACGAGUACGCCACGUAUAGUCAAGCAAAAACCGUCAAUUUCCCAAGAUGAUGUCGGCGAUGACGACGAUUUAGGCUUUGAUCCCAAGCGUCCCAAAAGUGGUGUGAAGAAAAGCUUAUUCGUUGAUUUACUGAGUGUAGGCGAGGCAAAGAAAAAUGUUUUCGACGAUAUACUAAGUGGGGGCGAUAGUGCGAAACGCCCGGCGACUUCAGCGGUUUCGACAGUAAAGCCCUCAAUGUCACGCCAGUCAACAGAUACCACCACAGAUAAUUCUAAUGUGUACACUCAAGCGCGCCCCAAAACCGCAACAGGACGCCGUAGUUCGGCACAGUCGACUAAUGCGUUCAUUAACACGGAUCCUUUGGGUCUGUUUGGUCGCGACAAGGAAACCAGUGCCAACGCGUCUGGCAUGUCUACGCCUGUGUCCAAAAAGCGUUCCAACCCAGCUGACUGGCUUGGCCUAGGAGUGGAGAAUGCCACGACUGUAGAAUCUGGAGCUGUGGCUGAGCCGGAGCGCCCGGCAACGCCACGUUCUCCACAACAUGGAAAGGAGGCAUUGGUCGUAAAGAACGCCAUCAAUAUUCUUCGCCUCGCAGAAUCUGACGAUACCGAAAUAGACAUAGAAACACCCGCACAGGAAUUGCCGAUGAAGAUGCCAACAGUUGCUGCGGACCCGACAGCUCAAAACAUUCUACUUCUAAACAGUAUAAACCUGGAAAGUAACAACACCUUCACCGCACUGCAGCAGCAAGAAUCUCAAUUAAUUAUUGCUUCUCAAAUGAAGGCUCAGGAGUCUGCUUUGCUUGAGAUGCAGCGCAAACAGGACAUUUUGCUGCAACAGCAAAAUCAGAAAUUUCAAACUCUCAUUCAGCAGCAAUUGCAACGCCAACAGCAAAUGGAGGAUCACAUCAAAAUGCAACAGCAACGAAUUAAUACACAUAUUCAGCUAAUGAUGACACAAUCGGCUAUGGUGGCGCGUGGUCCUAUUCCGCCACCAAUGACAGGUGCAGCUACUGACACCGAUGCCGCUACGGCCGCUAAUAUCCCGAUUACAGACAAGACGACCCAAGCAGCCGGAGAACCAAUGCCAUCAGCAGAUGAUCAAUUGCUUAAAUUGGAGAAUGACGUCAAGCGCAACGAACUUGAAAAGCUGCGGCUGGAGGAGCUGGUGGCGAACAUGAAAGUAAACUAUGAACAGGAAAUUCAGAUGAUCGAAAACUCGUACAAAAAACAACUCCAAGUACUUAGCGAGCAUAUGGCAGCGGUUGAGGAACGCCUGAAAGCAGAAAAUACAGAGCUAAAGGAAUUCUAUGUGGAAAAACUUCAGAGCUUAGAGCAGGCUUUGCAAAAAUUGAAAAAUGACUACGAAGGAGAGUUGUCCACCCUGCGACAGGAUCACGAGGACGAGGUACGUAAGCUGCGUAAAUCUCAUGAGGUGGAUAUAGAUAUGGUAAGGCAAGAGCAUCACCGAAUGCUGGACACAAUCAGGCAGUCGAAAAUGCUUGAAUUUGCGACUAUGCAGGAGAGUGGAAGCUACUUGGAAACCUUGCAGCUGGCCUCAAAUAAUUUGGUCACGCUGAGUGAUGGAUUGCAGGGACUUCGUGAUGAUAUGAGUUGUAAAUUGGAAACAUUGAACAAGGAACGAGAACGCAAGCUUAAUGCGCGCGAACGUCUGCUUGAUGACAAAGAACGCCGCUUAAAAAUUGACGAGGAGGCAGCGGAGGGAGAGAAGCGUCGUCUUAUGGAACUGGUGGGCACGCUAGAAUUACAAUUGGGUCGAUUGUCCAAGGAGUCGGCUGAGGAGAACUGGCAGUUGCGUCAGCGAAUGUGCAGCUUGGAGGCGGAAAAAAAUGCUUUCGAGCGCGAGAAAGAGUUCCACCGUGAACAGUUAGAACGCGAUGAGAAGAGAGUGGAGGAACUCAAGACUCUUCAACUGGCCGAAACAGAGCGCAUGAAACUCGAUUUACAGCAGGAGCGCACACGCCUUGUGAUCGAACGCACACAGAUUGAAAUGGAGCGUAAAUUGCAAUCGCAGGGAGGCCUAGACAAGGAUCGGUUAGAGGUAGAGGCGCAACUGAAGGUGGCAGAAGAUGCUAUCAGACAAGCGGAUGAGGAGCGACAGCGCUGUCACAAGCAACAACGCGAUCUAGAGCAACGCAAACGCCUCCUGUUGAACAAGGAGAACGCGUUAAAUUUGAAAGAGGACGAGCUGGCUCAGGCAUCAAGUGCCUAUCGCAUGGCUACGGGACGAAUGCAAGCGGCCGAACACAAGGCUCGCGAGUCGGAACAAUUUCUGGAAGCCAAACUACAACAGCUGGCCAAGCGCACCGCCGAUCUUGGUGAGAAGGAGGCACAAUUGUCACAGGAACGUAUGCUCUUGGCUAAAGAUCGCAUCGCUUUGCACAAUAUGAAGCAGCAAAUAGCACAAAGCAAGUGCAGCCUGUGUAAGAUGGGAGCUAAUAGUGCCGAAUUGGCGCUGAACACUGUUUAUCAAACGAAUGGCAACACAACAAGGGAUCCACCCGCUCUUCAUCAAAAUAGCCAGGAAAACGUUACAGCUCGUAUUAUGACCUCAAAUCAGUUGCCUGCUGCUUUGAUUGAGAGAAAUAUUGUGGACCGAAUGCUAGAUGAGAACAUCGAGGCAUCAUAUCGUCGAAUGUACAAUGUGCCGACAACCACAGACAUGGACUAUUGGACCACUGCUGGUCUAGAUGAUGAUUCAAAGAAGCUAGCCAUGGGUAAUAACAAUCUUUAGGAAUUGAUUUUUCAUUGUCCGUUUAAAAUACAACUAUAGCUUGAUGAAGUCUUUAGAAAAUGAAAUAAUCAAACCAUGAA